ACCACAAUAUGCACCAGGGGGAGGAAGGUGAGAGAGAUUUCCUGAUGGCUGAGCGGACUGGUAACCCAAACCAUGUUUCCGACCACCUGUGUAACAUUUCUCGCACAGACAGCUACAGAUUUAAAAAUAAACUGGUGCAAGAGGAUCUGAAGGAUGAGCCAUCGUUCUCGAGCCUCCAAGGUGCGACAGCAUGUCCACUGUGAUUCCUGCUACAGCCGGCGCUGCAGGGCUCGGGUGGAGGUCUCUGUGUGCUGUUCAGUCAUCCCCUGCCGCCUGCACUGUGGAGCUCUCUUCCACCUGUGCAAAGAGGAGGAUCACCUGCUGCUCUGCCCUAACGUGAGGGUGCCUUGCCUCAACGCUGGGUACGGCUGCCCGGUCCACAUGCCGCGCUCCUCGCGGGCGGCUCACCUCCAGGUGUGUCCGGCCAGCCUGGUGUGUUGCUCCGUGGAGUGGAACCGCUGGCCGGCCAACGAUGCCCAUUCUCAUCCAAACACAGAGCUGCAUGAAAACCUGCUCAGAGAAAGAGAGCAGGGAGGAUGUUUGGAUGUGGCCAUGGCCCUGAAAGACCAGGACCGCCUGUUUCACUCCAUCAAGAUGAGGAAACUGUUCCCUGAGCUGAUCCAUAGUGUGGAUGAAGAAGAGAAAGAAGAAGAGAGGAGGGAGGAAAAGAGGAGGAAGGAGAAGGAGAAGCAGAAAAAAGCCGCCCUGAAGAAGGAGGCAGCAGAAAUGGCAGCAGCAAAGGAAGCCGGUUCUCACACCUGGGAGUCUUUUGCAAUCUUUAACAACCAUACCCCUGAUGAAAAAGAAGAUGAGGAUGAAGAUGAGGCUGAAGUUGAGGCUGAAGAUGAGGAGGAGCUGACUCAGGAGGAGAGAGAGGCUCUUGCCAGGGCCUCAACAGUGAAUGCCGAUCUGUUAGAAAACUACAACGCCUGGGAACGCAUGUUCACUAUGGAAAUGGGCGGCUGCAGGGAAGCUAGAGGGGCAGCUGUGGCAGGAGGAGCCCAGGGACUGGCUAAAGGGGCAGGAAAAGGCCUGGGCCCUCUAAUGGAGGAAUAUAAAGCAGAUGCUUGUAUGGGUGCAACAGCAUCAAACACCUGCGAACAGGUGAGCAGUGCAUGCAUGGCUCACUCCACUUCCUCCUCUUCCUGUCACACCGGCAAACUGAGGAAGAAGGGUUUUGAUUAUGGAUAUUUGGAGCCAAUGAAGAUCAUCACGGUGCGUACGUUUAAAGUCCCGGUCAGCUUCUCUGCCAGGCAGGGCCGCAUCCGCAACCCUGGUUUCUACAGGAGGGAGAGUAAGGCUGUGGAUACCAGCGACCUGGGGGUGGCGCUAGAGGACAUGCCAGUGUGGGAGGAAGUUCAGGCCUCCCUGCUGUGCUCCCUGGAGAAGGAGCAAAGGGGUCACCUCAUUGCAGAGAGCAUAUGCACAGAUGGUCUGUUACAAGAUGAAGGUACACAGACCUACAACUUCCUGUCCGCUCCCUUCCGGAGAAACACGUCGCUGGCUGAUCUGAUUGCCGGAAACCCGCUGGAGCUGCACCUUCAGCUGCAGGUGGAGAGCGUCACCAGCCGACACCACAAGGCCAGCUCCGCCUUCACCUUCCUCUGUGGACACACCUUCCAGCGCAGGGAAUAUGGCAAACAUUAUAAGAACAUCCACAGUGACAUCCAGAUGAGUGUGAAUGGUUGGUUCGAGCAGAGAUGCCCCUUGGCGUACCUGGGCUGCACCUACAGCCAGAGGAGGUUUCAGCCCUCCACACAUGAAGCCAGCGUCACCUACAAUGAGGAUCUGGGAUGCUUUAGCCUGCAUCCCACCAUCCCUGUCUCACUGGGUGACGCCUCCCAGCCGUCCAGGAGCUCAGCGGACUCCUCUACUGCUCAGGGGGAAGGAGGAGGUCGGCCGGGAGGAGGAGGGGAGGACUCUCUGAGCUCGCUGCCCUACGAGGUGCUGUGCCACAUGGCCAGCUUCCUGGACAGUAUGUCCUUGUCCCAGCUGGCUCUGGUGUCUCGGCUCAUGAGGCAGGUGUGCUCCACUCUGCUGCAGGAGAGAGGGAUGGUCACCCUCCGCUGGGAGAGAAAGACCUACUCACAUGGAGGAGCCAAGUGGAGGGUGAAAGAGAGGGUAUGGCAGUUCAGCACCUUGUUCUCCCCUGUGGACACUUGGCGCUUCCAAGACGUGCCGUCCAUUUCGGAGCACCUAAAGGUGUGUCCCUACUAUGAGAGGGAGUCCAGAACAGAGAAGAUUCACCUGCCACGUGUCCGAGAAAAUGUCCCAACCAGCAAAAGCUGCAAAGGUCCCACGCUGGUUAGCUUGUUCCAGCAGAAGAGGAUCAUGAUGUAG